AUGAGUGUUCAACUGAGCUUGUUUGCACUGCCUGUUGCCUUCUUCCUUGUUGUGGUCGGCAGCAUUCUUGCCGGUGUGGUUAUGCUUGCUACUCUUUGGAUGCUCGGUGUCCUUGUCAUUGCCAUGACUGCUCUGCUGACUACCUUGUCUGUUCUCUUCUUUGUAGGCAUUGCAAUCUGGGCUUGGCUGGCAAGUCUCAUGUUGACUUACCGAGCAAUCUCCAAUGUUAGGCAACGUGGACUGCAAGCAUCGCUCAACACCCUCGAGUCCAAUAUCCGGGGUGGCGUGGAUCAGACAAGGCACUUGGUCAAGCAAGGAGCUGACCAGGCAAGAUCAUUCGGACAGAACGCUCAAUCUCAAAAUGUGAGGGACCAGGUCGAGGAGAGGGCUGAGGACGUCAAGUCUUCUGCCGAUAAGCUUGCAAAGAAGGGACAAGAUGCGGUAAAGGAUGUGAAGAAGGGUACUGAAGAUGCCGUCAAGGAUGGACAAGACAAGGCGAAGGAUGUAAAGAACAGCGCAAAUAAGCUGGCCAAGCAAGGUCAAGACAAGGCAGAGAACGUGAAGCAAGAAGGUGAGAAGAAGGCUUCAAAGAUCAAGGACGAGGCGAGCGACAAGGUGGACAAGGCUGCGUCAUCUGCUUGA